CCUGCGCGCCCCGCCGCCGCGGCCCGCCCGGCCCCAGCAUGGAGACGGCGGAGAAGGAGUGCGGCGCCCUGGGCGGGCUCUUCCAGGCCAUCGUCAACGACAUGAAGAGCUCCUACCCUAUCUGGGAGGACUUCAACUCGAAGGCCACGAAGCUGCACUCCCAGCUGAGGACCACCGUGCUGGCUGCUGUGGCCUUCCUAGAUGCCUUCCAGAAAGUGGCCGACAUGGCCACCAACACCCGAGGGGCCACGCGGGACAUCGGCUCUGCGCUCACCCGCAUGUGCAUGCGCCACCGCAGCAUCGAGACAAAGCUGCGGCAGUUCACCAACGCCCUGCUGGAGAGCCUCAUCAACCCGCUGCAGGAGCGCAUCGAGGACUGGAAGAAGUCGGCCAACCAACUGGACAAGGACCACGCAAAAGAGUACAAACGGGCCCGGCACGAGAUCAAGAAGAAGUCGUCAGACACUCUGAAACUGCAGAAGAAAGCGCGCAAAGAGCUACUUGGGAAAGGAGACCUGCAGCCGCAGCUGGACAGCGCCCUGCAGGAUGUCAAUGACAUGUACCUGCUGCUGGAGGAGACAGAGAAGCAGGCCGUGCGGCGGGCCCUGAUCGAGGAGCGGGGCCGCUUCUGCACCUUCACCGCCUUCCUCCAGCCUGUGGUGAACGGUGAGCUGACCAUGCUGGGCGAGAUCACCCACCUGCAGGGCAUCAUCGACGACCUGGUGGUGCUGACUGCAGAACCGCACAAGCUGCCUCCCGCCAGCGAGCAGGUGAUCAAAGACCUGAAGGGCUCAGACUACAGCUGGUCCUACCAGACCCCACCCUCGUCACCCAGCAGCUCCAGCUCCCGGAAGUCCAGCAUGUGCAGUGCCCCCAGCAGCAGUAGCAGUGCCAAGGGUGGCGGAGCCCCAUGGCCCGGGGGCGCCCAGUCAUACUCACCCGGUUCCACCUGUCGCUACCGCAGCCUGGCACAGCCAGCCGCCACCGCCACUACCCGCCUCUCCAGCGUCUCCUCCCACGACUCCGGCUUCGUCUCCCAAGACGCCACCUACUCCAAGCCCCCCUCACCCAUGCCUUCAGACAUCACCAGCCAGAAGUCCUCCAGCUCCGCGUCCUCUGAAGCCUCGGAAACGUGCCAGUCUGUGAGCGAGUGCAGCUCCCCGACCUCGGACUGGACCAAGGCCGGCCCCCAUGAGCAGCCCUUGGGCGCCACCCUACAGCGGAGGAAGGACCGAGUGGAGCUCCUCCGGGACACAGAGCCGGGCUCCGCGAGUGGAGGCCCGCUGGGCCCCAGUGGGGAGGAGGCCCCGCGGCCCCGCAUGUCCCCUGCCACCAUCGCAGCCAAGCAUGGUGAAGAGGUGUCCCCUGCGGCCAGCGACCUGGCCAUGGUGCUGACCCGCGGCCUGAGCCUGGAGCACCAGAAGAGCAGCCGGGACUCCCUGCAGUACUCGAGCGGGUACAGCACGCAGACCACCACGCCCUCGUGCUCCGAGGACACCAUCCCCUCCCAAGGCUCAGACUACGAUUGCUACUCCGUGAACGGGGAUGCGGACAGCGAGGGCCCCCCCGAGUUCGACAAGUCAUCCACCAUCCCUCGCAACAGCAACAUCGCCCAGAACUACCGGCGCCUCAUCCAGACCAAGCGCCCAGCCUCCACCGCCGGGCUGCCCACCGCCGGGCUGCCCACCGCCUCCGGGCUGCCCUCGGGCGCGCCCCCUGGCGUAGCCACCAUCCGCCGCACGCCCUCCACCAAGCCCACCGUGCGCCGCGCCCUGUCCAGCGCUGGCCCCAUCCCCAUCCGGCCGCCGAUCGUCCCCGUGAAGACCCCCACGGUCCCCGACUCCCCUGGCUAUGCAGGGCCCACGCGGGCAGGCAGUGAGGAGUGUGUCUUUUACACAGAUGAGGCGGCCUCACCCCUGGCGCCAGACCUCGCCAAGGCCUCCCCCAAGCGCCUCAGCCUGCCCACGGCCUGGGGCAGCCCGUCCCCGGACGCCGCCAGCUACCCAGGGAUGGGAUCUGGGCUGGCCACCGAGGACGACGAGCAGCAGCUGGCCGCCAACCGGCACAGCCUGGUGGAAAAGCUCGGGGAGCUGGUGGCAGGUGCCCACGCCCUGGGCGAAGGCCAGUUCCCCUUCCCCACAGCCCUGUCAGCCACCCCGGCCGAGGAGACGCCCACCCCGCCCCCUGCUGCCACCAGCGACCCCCCGGCUGAAGACAUGCUGGUGGCCAUCCGCCGAGGGGUCCGGCUGCGCAGGACCGUCACCAACGACAGGUCGGCACCCCGCAUCUUAUGAUGGCGCCACCCUCCCCCCACCCUGUGUGGCCCUGAUGUGAGCAGGUGGCCUGGUCUGUGACAGCGGCCACUCGGAGCCAUAGCACAGCCAGGAGUGGAAUCCACGCCAGGGACAAGGCAAAGCCACUCUCCAACCCAGGCUGGACGCAACGUCCUUCACACACCUCGCCAGGGUGGAGCCUGCAGGCCUUUCACUGGUUUUAGAGCCUGUUUUAUACUUUCCCUGCCUAGUCUGUUCCUCCUCUUCCUCCCUGCAGACCCUGCCCCAUGGAAACCCUGAGCCCGUGAGCAAGGGCUAAGCCAGCCUUCCUCAGCCUCCCCAGUCCCACCUGGCCUGGGGUCUCCAGAGUCACGGAGCCCCAGAUCCUUGAAUGCUGGCUCCCCACCCCUUCCCUGCCUGAGCCCCCGGCCUCCAUUUCCCUUCUCCCUCAUCCCUGCCUCUCCAAGCUCCUCAUCACGUGGGGGACAGGGUGGCUGGGGAGCGGCUGGUUCCCCCCCCCCAAGAGUCUAAUUGGUGACUAGGGUUAGGGGAACAGGUUGAUUUUAGGACAGGCUCCCCUGUGGGGAAGGGAGCUGAGAGGCCCAAAAGAGGGAUCUUGGAGGAAAUGUAGGGGCGCAUCAGGAAGGUUUGAGGGACCCUCCAGCUUUCCUGCCCUGUAAAGUGCCAGGCAGAGCACAAAGAAGAACCUAGAAGGGCAUGGGGCCGCGGGGCCAGCCGCCAUGCCGAGGGGCUGUUCCGGAGGUCCCAUCGUCUGGGUACACUGAGACCUUCACUGGUGGCAUUUGGAGGCUGGAGCAGGAAAGGAUGUGGGGGGGGGGGGCGGAGGGGGGAGUAUUUUAUGACCAUAAUAAAAUGGAACUGACCCCAGACAAGGACUGGGGGUGGGGGGCGGGUAAGCCGGUGGAACAGGGUGUGUGUCUUUGAGUGUCUGAGAGAUGGAGGCCUUCUGGGCCUGUGGCAGGAGGGGAAGGAUGGGACUGGGUCCCCCAAAGCCGGGGGACCCACCCUUGUUCCCUCCAAUGUCUCGAGUGUAGUCAGGAGGCUGGGCAGGGCGGGACCGGAGCUGCCCGCCCGUGUCUCGCGCUGAGUCCGGGGAGAUUGGCUUGGACUCUCUGUUGCCAGAGGAGAUGCCACUCUGCAGUGGGUCUCACUGCGGGCCUGGCACUGGCUGGCAGCGGGGGGGGCAUAGAGAGGAGUGGGGCUGCCUCCCACUCCUCACCCCCCAGUCAGGCCAAACCUGAGCAGGUCAAAGCAUGUGAGCCUAGGGCAAGAGGAGGGAGUGUGCGGUGGCCACAGGGUAGUGAGGAGGCGGCGGGACUCCGGGGGCUGUGACCCUGGGGUCUGGGAGGACUCCGGGGGCUGUGACCCUGGGGUCUGGGAGGACUCCGGGGGCUGUGACCCUGGGGUCUGGGAGGACUCCGGGGGCUGUGACCCUGGGGUCUGGAGAGCGGCUUGCCUUGGUCUGGAUGGAGUGCGUCCGGGCUGGUCCAGGCUUGAGCUCCUGGGCGCUCAUGUGCCAUAAACUGGGACGUUGGCAGGCCAGCCAGGCGCAUGCGACGUCCCAGAGAUUCCUUUGCGGAAGGCGUUCCCCCCACCACCACCCAGGGCUCCCCAGGGCUGCUAGAGAGCGGGGCCCAGCACAUCUGUAGGUCUGAGAACCGCUCAGCUGAGGGCCUGGCCCACCAGACUCAGAAGGUACCAGAACCCCCAGAUGUGGGGGCCAGAGGAGCAGGUGGUUAGUUUGGGGGUCCCGGGGGUGGAUUUUCAGCUGCACUUUGCCUACCCCAGGGCCAUGUUGGGGGGUUCCCAGGAAGGCUGAUGGAGAACUGAGACACGGGAUGCGUGGGGGGGGUGGCAGGGGUGUGGCUGGGCCUGGUGGGGGGGGUCCCCCACGGGAGAGAACUCACUGCUUUUGGCUCCUGCUGGGAAGGGAGGCUGGGCUGGGAGCCCCCCGCCCCCCCAAGUCUGUACAUACUCCACCCACCCCCUGCUCCCGUGUCGUGACCACCUCGUCCCCCACCCCCUCGGGAUCCGAGCCGCCAUCCCACAUCUCACAGACUUUGGUUUGGGGGAACUUAUUUACAUUCAUUUUAUUUUUCGUUUUGUACAGAGAAAUAUUCUUUUCAGAAGCGUCUUUUGACUGAAGUAACUUUUCUGGUGCUGUUGUUAACUUGUUCCUUUUUUUUUUUUUUUUUUUUAAUUUAUUUUCCCACCCCAAAGCCUCUCUCCUUGGUUCCUACUUACCCUUUCUCCCUCACCCCUACCCCAGUCCUCCCUCCCCCUCCCCCCUUCUCCCUGCAUCCCAUCUGGACCAUUUUGUUUCUUUUCUUUCUGUCAGUUUUUGGACAAAAUCUCCUCUUUCCCCCACCCCCACCCCACCCCUCACGUCAUCCUUCCCUCAAUUUAAAUAGUCACUGCUACAAGUAACAAAUGCACUGUGAAGAUUCCAGUAUUAAUAAAGUGGUACUGUAGUUAA